UUGAUUUCGACUUAUUUCCCAAAUUGUUUAUUCACUGGUUAUCGAUUUUAUCGAUUUCUAGGUGGUGUUGACCCAUUAUCGCCUGCUAAACCGCUGGAACCCCCUCCAUCCUACGAACAAGCCGUAUCCGCUCCGCCUGUCCCCCAACCACCGAGCUAUACGGAAACAGCUAAUGAUCGAGGUCCUCCGCCACCGCCUCCGUUAGUGCCCUCUCAGCCACCUCCACCUAAUCGUCAGCCGCCACCUCCGCCAAAUUCCUGA